AUGAAUCGUUUCGAAAGUGUUGUAGAGUUGAUGGACAGACUUUGUAGAGCUCUCAUACUCGGAAGUGGAUCAAAAGCAACACCAUCAUCAUCAUCACUCAUCAUUGGCAAUAAUAAUGUGAGAUCAUUCAGUUCAGAUCAUUUAUCGAUGUUAUCAACUACACAUCAAGGAUCACACAGUAAUACAACAAUGAUGUCCAACAAUUCAUCGGAAGUUACUGAGAAACUAUUGAAGAAAAUUAAAAUGAAUUGUUUUUCGUAUUUGAUAGACAAGAAUGACAAUUAUACCCCUCCUCUGCAUUACACAGAAACUGCAUUUUCGUCUAAGGCUGCAGAAUUGAGCUACAGAGCCAAUACAUUUCUUUGUAAUUUAAGAAUGCAUGGUUUAGAAUCAAUGGCAACUAAUCUUGAAAUUUUGUUCGACAAACUAAUUUAUUUAAAUGAGGCUGUGGCAUCGAUAUUAUUGACACUUUGUGAAAAUUUAUCAAUUGAGGAAGUCUGCUUGGUUCAAAAAGAAAAUAAUUCCAUAUAUGAUAUUUCAACAAUGCACUUCUCCAUAACACCUAAUUUUUCUAACUCUCAACUGAACUUGGAAAUGCAAACAGAAUUUUUUUCUAAUUUAUUGAUUCCUAGCUCUGACUCCAACCAAUGCAACGUCACAAUUCCUAAAUCAGCUCCUUCUAAAUCUUUUUUCAUUGAUGUGAAUAAUUUUUCACAAAUUACUCCCGAUAUCACUAAUCUGAAGAGGCCAUUAAGCGAUUUUACAACAUUUCUGCAUUCAAAACCUGAGAAAAAAAAGAGAUCUAUUUAUUUUACUGAACAAAAACCAGCCAAGCUCGAUGAAUACAAACACUAUUUCGAACGAAUGUGUUUUGGAUUAAACAUUCGGACAAUGCGAGAAGAAGAUGUUGUUAAUGACUGCUUACUGCUUUUUCAAGGAAUUUCUUCUGGAGUAUUUGUUUGGGAUGCACAAAAAUUUAUUUUCAAAGUCCAACCAAUACGGUUGAAAACAUUAUCAUUUCUUGGAUUGCGUGAGUUACUUCAGCAAAUUGCUCAAGUUGGAUCUAUGUAUAAGCGACUUGAGGUUGUCGCAGAGUUUUGCCAAAAUAACGUAGCUCUUACUGGAAAGUGUUUGCAAAGCUGUGGAAAUGGACUGGCGGAAAUUUUGAAAUGGUACAAAUCAUGUGUUUUGGAGUUAGACACAAUACUCAAGAGAUUGGUAACAGAUUAUUCCAACCAAAAAAGCCAGCUAACAUUACUGAAUGUUAUUCAUCACAUCAAUCCUCUCAGACAGAGAUUGAACAUUGUUUGCGAAAUCUUUGAGUGCGAUAUUCAGGAGCUAAAUUCAGAUGAUGAAUAUUCACUAUUUUUAAGCGGUCUCUAUAUUUCAAACAGAAUUAGAAAUAUUCCUACUGGUGCCAAGCUAAUUUCGGUGCUAUACGAAAAGAUUCAAUUGCUAGAAUUAAGCUCUAUACCUGAAGUGAUGAACAUUUUACUGCUCCUUUUUUCCUUCUCCAUCACACCUUAUUUGGCAUGGAUAAAACAAUGGAUAUUUUAUGGAGAGAUUGUAGAUGAUCAUUAUGGCGAAUUUUUUGUUAAGGCAGCUAACCAUGCACAAGAGUCAUGGUAUAGUUUUCAAAUUGAAGUUCAGAACAUUCCUCUUCCAUUUACAUCAUGUGCCAAUGAUGUAUUUCUUACUGGUAACACGCUUGACACGAUACGACGGUGUAAUCCCUAUCAUUUUAUUUUGAAAGAUACUGUUAAUGACACCAUUCGGAAUAUUAGUAUUUUGUUUACAGAAAAGGAUUUAAAAAAAUAUGAAAUUUUGUGUUCUAGAUUGCAAACCAUUCAACACAACGAGGCGCUAAUGGAAAUGCACAGACAGUUAUCAGAAUUGGAAAAAAAGAUACGAAGUCAAGAAGAAAAACUAAAAUUUGGAGAAGAUAUUUUAGAUAGAUUUCAAGAGGAAGAAGUGAAACUCAAAGACAAGAUAAAGCGAGACAUUUUGGAAAACUAUCGAAAGAAAAUGAAUAUCGAAGAGUUCGAAGAAGCAUUACAAAAGGGUAAUCCAACUACUGAGCCUGGUCUCAAUGAGGAAGUACAUCCUGAAAACAUUAUGAUCGACGGAAUUUCCAAUGAACCUGUGUUAUUGCAAGAUGAGACAAAUGGCACUCUUAAACUGGAUCAAUUUGAUGCUAAUCGCUUUUUGGAAAGUAGCACUCCAAUACUGGACCUUCCUAUAGAGAUUGUGAAAAACCGAAGCCUUUUGUCAUUAUUCUAUCAACAAAAACAAAUGGUGGAUAGCAUAUUUAUCAAAAUGCUCUUUCAUGACUACAAGCUCAAUGAGCAUCUUGGUGCAAUCAAUGACUACUUUUUAUUUAAGGCCGGAGAUUUACAUGAUGCUUUUGCUCAGCUCAUUUGUAGUGGCAUGAAGAAAGGAGUCAAUUAUACUGAUCCAUAUAUUAUCAAUAGAACAUUUAAGGAAGCCUUCAAAAUUUCUGGACAUGCAGAACAAGACAAUGACGUGCUCUUGUCUAAUUUAUUUUUUGACAUUAACCCCAAUUCUGCGCAAACCAUUUUUGAUCCAAAUACUAUUCACUCUUUUGAUCAUAUAGUUUUGAGAUACCGAGUUCAAUAUCCACUGAACAUAAUUCUGACUCCUACCACUAUGGACAAGUAUUCACAGGUGCAUUCAUUGCUGUUAAAAUUGAAAAUUGUAGACCUGGCCUUGCAUGAGGUUUGGUCUAACCUCAAAGUGCACUCGAAACGAACCAUGAGUCAACAAAUGCGGUAUCUCCACAUGUUUAGACAAGAAGUUCAGCACUUUGUGAAUGUAUUCAAAAUCUUCAUCUUUGUUGAGGUUGUUGAGUCAAGUUUUUCCAAUUUUGUUAACGAACUUUUACGUGAGAAAACAAGCGACAACCUUAACGUUGAAAAACUAUUGCUCUUGCACAACAGAUUUGUUGAAUCUUUACACAAACAAUGCUUACUUGGACAUUCAGCUAAACCGGUCAUGGACAUUAUCAGCAAAAUGUUUGGACUAAUUUUGAAAUUCAAAGCUCAAAUGGAAGCCAAUAGUUUUACAAGUGAGGAAGAAAUCCCAGAGUUAGCUUUUAGGAUGAUGACACAAACAAGAAAAGAGUUUGUGGAUUGUGCACUAUUCUUGGAUUCGUUAAUGGAUCGUUUGGCUCAACAAUCAUCAACAUCAAAGUUUGGACAGUUCAGAAUGAAUUAUAAAUUUACAUAUUGA